AGUAGUAGUAGUAGUAGUAGUAGUAGUAGUAGUAGUAGUAGUAGUAGUAGUAGUAGUAGUAGUAGUAGUAGUAGUAGUAGUAGUAGUAGUAGUAGUAGUAGUAGUAGUAGUAGUAGUAGUAGUAGUAGUAGUAGUAGUAGUAGUAGUAGUAGUAGUAGUAGUAGUAGUAGUAGUAGUAGUAGUAGUAGUAGUAGUAGUAGUAGUAGUAGUAGUAGUAGUAGUAGUAGUAGUAGUAGUAGUAGUAGUAGUAGUAGUAGUAGUAGUAGUAGUAGUAGUAGUAGUAGUAGUAGUAGUAGUAGUAGUAGUAGUAGUAGUAGUAGUAGUAGUAGUAGUAGUAGUAGUAGUAGUAGUAGUAGUAGUAGUAGUAGUAGUAGUAGUAGUAGUAGUAGUAGUAGUAGUAGUAGUAGUAGUAGUAGUAGUAGUAGUAGUAGUAGUAGUAGUAGUAGUAGUAGUAGUAGUAGUAGUAGUAGUAGUAGUAGUAGUAGUAGUAGUAGUAGUAGUAGUAGUAGUAGUAGUAGUAGUAGUAGUAGUAGUAGUAGUAGUAGUAGUAGUAGUAGUAGUAGUAGUAGUAGUAGUAGUAGUAGUAGUAGUAGUAGUAGUAGUAGUAGUAGUAGUAGUAGUAGUAGUAGUAGUAGUAGUAGUAGUAGUAGUAGUAGUAGUAGUAGUAGUAGUAGUAGUAGUAGUAGUAGUAGU